AUGUUCUUCGUGCCAUUAGUGGCUCUUACACUUAGCCGAAACCCUAACUAUAAUCGAAGUUACGAUAUAGCACACUCCACCAUCUUACGCAUAUAUUCAAACAAUAUAUCUGGCACAAUUCCUUCAUCAUUGGGUAAUUUGAAGUCUCUCACUAAGCUUAGUUUGAGUGGUAAUCAACUUAGAGGUUCCAUUCCUUCAUCAUUGGGUGAUUUGACAUCUUUGAAUGUCCUUUAUUUGCACCACAAUCAACUCUCUGGUCCCAUUCCUAUUGCACUUGGGAAUUUGAAGUCUCUCACUGAUCUUCAGUCUCUCACUGAUCUUGCGGUGAGCAACAAUCAGCUUAAUGGUUCCAUUCCUUCAUCAUUGGGUGAUUUGACAUCUUUUAAUGUCCUUUAUUUGCACCACAAUCAACUCUCUGGUCCCAUUCCUAUUGAACUUGGGAAUUUGAAGUCUCUCACUGAUCUUGACGUGGGCAACAAUCAGCUUAAUGGUUCCAUUCCUUCAUCAUUGGGUGAUUUGACAUCUUUGAAUGUCCUUUAUUUGCACCACAAUCAACUCUCUGGUCCCAUUCCUAUUGAACUUGGGAAUUUGAAGUCUCUCACUGAUCUUCAGGUGAGCAACAAUCAGCUUAAUGGUUCCAUUCCUUCAUCAUUGAGUGAUUUGACAUCUUUAAAUGUCCUUUAUUUGUUCCGAAAUCAACUCUCUGGUCCCAUUCCUAUUGAACUUGGGAAUUUGAAGUCACUCACUGAUCUUUGGGUGAGCAACAAUCAGCUUAAUGGUGUUGAGUGUGAAGCCAUUGGGCUGGUCAAAAGGCAGAAAACAUGGAAGAAAAGCAAGUCAAAAAGGUGGAAAAGGAGAGGUGAUCCAUAUUUCCCGGAUGCAUGUUUCAUGGCUGCUUUUCUUGUUCAAUUGUUUACUUCAGACUCUAUAUAUGAGUCUCAUCUGUAUUGUAAAAAUAAGCAACAAAGAAGUCGUGUGUUAAGUGUCUCGAUCCUAACAAGUGGUAUCAGAGCACAGGCUCACUUAUACACCGUACACAUCGUCGGAGUCGUUUUCCGGCAGGAGGAGGAUCAAAUCUUGUCGGUCUCCAGUAGUUGUCGCAUCUCACAUCUGGGAGAAGAUUGCCAGCAAGAAGAGCAGCAGCAGAAUUUUUUUUUUGGGUGUGCUUGCGUCGCCAGGAACAAAGAAAGAAGAAAGGUGGAGGAAGUUUUCUUCACGUUCCUGGAACAAAGAAAGAAGAAAAGUGGAGGAAUCUUUUUUGGUGGAGCCAAGUGA